AUGACGUGGACGUACCACCUUCCAAAGGAUAAAUACUAUUCCGAUGACUACUUCACCAACCCUGAACCCAAUGUCGAAGAGAUGCCCUGGUACCGGAAACGGACGGAUCCCGCCUUCAAAGCUUUAGGGCGUAUGGGCCGCGCAGUCGCGAAGAUCCCUGGCCAACAACGCGUGAAGAUGGCUCACCAGGCGACAGACUUCAUUCAGCAUAUUGUCUACAACGGAGAGGUGUUGUCACCAGGGGAGAUGUCCGCUUUCACGUCCGAGGAGUAUGGUGUCUGUCACACUUUUAACGCAAAGACUGCCAACAGAGCAGUGAGAAGAGCUCGGAAGCCUGGGCCAGCACAUGGUGUCAGUAUCGUAAUGUUUAUCGAACAAGAGGAAUACCUUGGGUCAGUGUCGCCCGCAGCUGGUGUCAAGGUCGUCAUCCACAACAGUGACGCGCGUCCGUUCCCCUACGAGCAAGGAAUCGAUAUCGCCCCUGGACAGUUCACUUCCAUCGGACUUCGGAAGACUCGAUUUAUCAGAGAGGUACCGCCGUAUGGCACAUGUACGGACGGAAAAGACAAGCCAUUCAAAGGUCGUGGGCUUCUCUACAAGGUCAACUACACCACUGUUGCAUGUGAACGAAGCUGCCUUCAGUACUACACCAUUGACCGUUGCGGCUGCGCGGACGUCAAAACCCCAGCACCGGCAGGUGCCAUCUUGUGUGAAGAAGAACAAGAUGCGUGCAUUGAGCAGGUUACAAGAGAGUAUCUGGUCGGGGCGUUGGCGUGCGAUUGCCCACUCCCGUGUGAGUAA